AAACAACAAAUAAUAUUCAAAUCAGUAAACCAAUAAAAAUGCAGGGAGCUUUGUGCAUCAAACCAACCAUUCCUCCUCUUUCUUCAUCACUUUUCUCUCCAAAGAUAAGUCUUCUUCUUCCUCCUCAGACCAUCACAAACACUAAAGGUUCAAGACUCUCAUCUCUUAGACCAAAUGCAUCAUCAUCUCCUUUAACCUCUGAUCCUCUCACCGUUGACUAUGACUCCCUCCUUUCUGUUUUCCCAGCCGAAGCAUGUGAAGUGAUCAGCGGAUAUGCAUGCUCAGCUGACAUCUACCCUGAAGUCAAGCUUGAAACAAAGCCCAUCUCCCCUCCCGUGACUUCUUCAGAGAACGUAGACCGAGAAUACCUAGAGUAUAACACCCCUAAAACUGUUUUCGUCGCGGAGGCGUGCGUUGAUCUCGGAGGAGAGUUCUGUGAACCUGGCUAUCAAAAAGAUGUCUAUUAGAAGAAGCAAAGAUUUGAUGUGAUGUUGAUAUGUGUUUGUAUGUAUCUCUAUGCUAAUAUAAAGCUAGCUUCACUUAAUCAAGACUGAAAUUGUGAAUCAAA